GGGCAUGUGUGUGAAGCCGUAGUCCAGCCCCACAACCCGCCCACCAGCCUCGCUCUUCCCCUCGGUGCCUCUCGGUCCGCCCGCCCGCAGCAGAGUCUCCUUCCCGGCGAGCGUUCACUACAGCGAUGGCUGGGAAAGUGUGCAGAUCGGUCCUCCUCUUAUCCCGGAGCGGCGGAGCCGUGGCCGGCAGCCUCCCCGCACUUGUUGUGUCCUCACAGCGACGGCAUCAGCACAUAAGCCCGCAGGAGCUCCUGCCCGCUCCCUUCAGCCGUCAGAGCGUCAGGAGAGCUCAUGGCCUACGGUCAGCCGCCCACUCCACACUCUUCACCCAGCCCAUUACUGCCCUGUCUCCACAGGUUUGGAGGGGCGCCCCCUCAUGGCAUGGCCAGAGACUGUUGUGUUCUUCUGCUUCUCCAGAGGAGGUGACGGUGGUGUACCAGAAUGGGCUUCCUGUCAUCUCUGUUAGUUUGCCGUCCCGGCGAGAGCGCUGUCAGUUUACCCUCAAGCCUCUCAGUGACUGUGUGGGGGUUUUCCUGCAACAGCUCCAGGCGGAGGACAGAGGCAUCGACAGAGUAGCCAUCUACUCCAUGGAUGGAGCACGGGUUGCCUCCUCCACAGGCAUAGACAUCCUCCUGCUGGAUGAUUUCAAGCUCGUCAUCAAUGACACCACACACCUAGUGCGGCCCCCCAGGAGAGAGAUCCUGCCCAAUGAGGAGGCAGAAAGGUUGAACGACGUCAAGUUUCUGGUGCAGCAGCUCUACACCACUCUGCGCAUCGAGGAGCACCAACUCGGCAAGGAGCGCGAGCUGAUUCAGCGGCUGGAGGACCUCAACUCUCAACUUCGCCCUCUAGAGAAGGUGAGGGAGGAGCUGAGUAAGAAGGCGGAGCGGCGCACCACAUGGGUGCUCUGGGGGGGCAUGGCAUACAUGGCCACCCAGUUCGGCAUCCUGGCCCGGCUGACCUGGUGGGAGUAUUCCUGGGAUAUCAUGGAGCCGGUCACUUAUUUCAUUACUUAUGGCACUGCAAUGGCCAUGUACGCCUACUUCGUUCUUACACGCCAGGAGUACGUUUACCCCGACGCCAGAGACAGACAGUAUCUGCUGUUCUUCCACAAGGGGGUGAAGAGAACACGCUUCGACGUCGAGAAGUACAACAAACUGAAGGAUGACAUUGCUGAGGUGGAGUUGGAUCUGAAGCGUCUACGGGACCCCCUCCAGCUUCAGCUCCCAAUCCAGCAGCUAUCCGAAACAAAAAAUUGAUGGAAAGAGCUGCUUCCUCCUCUCCAAGCGCUUAAUUUCCCUUUUUUUCUCUUUCUUUUCUUAUUAUUUCCUUUGUUCUUUCUGCCACCAUGUCCUCGCCUUAUUGCCCUACCCCCUCAUCCCCCCCAAUAACCCCAUCCUUUUCCUGACGUUAAGAUUUAGCUCUUUCCUCUUUUUUUUUUUUUUUUUUUUUACUUUUCCGGCUGGAAAAUGCAGAAAGAUUUUUCAAAAGAAAGGACGGUGAGAGAAACUGAAAACUUCUCACAGCUGAGGGAUGAAGAGGACGACGAUGAUGACGACACGCAGCCUCGAGUGGAGCGAGUGUGUUUGCACGGGUCAUCCAUUUUGGCGCCCGCACUGAAACGCAGACACACGGCCGUGGCUCGCACAAGUUUACGAGGAAGUUCCGACCGCAGCCGAACCUUCAAGGACACUUGGGAUUCCCUGCGGCUGAACUCUGCCGCCUCUCCUCCUCUGAUCCGCGCCUCCUCCAGGUGAAAACCCUUCCCGUCAGGAGCGUAUCUCGCCGGCGGGAUGCAGGAAUCUCUGCUUUCCUCUUCCUGUUGACGUCCUGAGCGGCAGUCUGACAGUACUACCGACAACAACAUCACUGUGCGUUCUUUUAUUCCAAAAAAAGGAAAAAAAAAUAUUUUGGCACUUUUUAUUUUGAAAGCCAUAGUAUAUUUGUUAUGAGAAAAUACAAAAAAAAUAUAAAUAUAUAUAUACAAUCAAAUAAACGGAUGACCAGAAGCUAGUUUUCUUUUGCAGCGGGGGGAGGAGCUCUCUUAGGAAUACCAUUUCAGCGGAAAGUCAUUUCCGUCCUGUCAAAACCGUCUGCCGCCGAUGCGCCUGCACCACAAGAGGCCCUACUCUGAAAGAGUUCAUAGUCCGACAUGUUUCUAAAACCGCGUUCAGCUCUGACAGACGUCUCCAGAGGCGGGAAAACCAAAGCUGACGUCAAAUCAGGCGGGAGAUGUCUUUCUCUGGGGCUGAAUGUCAGUAAAAUGGGGACGAAAUCAGAGUUUGCUGCAAACUAAAGACAAUAACAGCAGGCUCGCAGAAACCCACGAGCAUGCUCUGCUCCUAUAUCCAAGAGUGGCUUUUCUCGCAGAAGGAGGAGGAUGUUUUUAUUUGCUUUAGUGAAACACUACAACAGGAAAAAAAGGCGAGAACCUCCUCUCCCUGCUCCCUCAGUUGCAAGCCAGGGUAGACUGCAUGCUGUGGUGUGCCCUCUGUAGAAACUUGUGAAUGUUUAGGAGCAUUAUUGCAACUUUUGUACUUGAUUGGGCACAUUUGUUUGCCACAGUUUCAUCCACAUAUCUUUUAAGACCCAUUCAAAGCCAUAUCUUUCUUUCUUUCUUUUGGUGACGGUCUCCAAAUAAACCUUUGUCCACCUCGCGUCAUUUUCUGUUCAGGUUGAGGAUUGGUGGCCUUCUCGCCAACCCCUUUUAUCACUCCAGAAAGAGGAGGAAAAAAAAACUGUUUUCAAGGCCAGUUAUUUUUGACUGGACGGCCUCUGCAGAGGGGAGGCGCACUGACCCAAAGGGAGCUUGUCUAAAGUUCAACACGACGAUGCGCUUGUGUGUGUGGCUGGAGGAGUUCAGCAUGUUUACCUGCAGGUUGUCAGGCAGGAUCUAACUCUUUAGGAACAGAUUUUCAGCUUCAAAUGCAGAAAAACUCCAUCAAUUUGCAGAUGGAGCUUAAAUAAUCAAGUGGAAGUCACCUUAGUUGUGAAGCAAAUCCACAAAACUCAGAUUUUUUUACAUUUUGGUCCUCCCCUCUGUAUUUUUUUUCUCCUCAACACAUCUGUUCAUUAUCGUCCUUUCUUGUUUUAUUUUGAAAUCCAUCAUUGCCUUUUCUUUCUUUUUUCCAAAACGAAAUAUAUCAAAUAUAGGGAAAUUUAUUCUAAAGAGGGUGUUGCAUGAAUGUAUGUUUACAUGAGAAGUUAUGUAAAAAAAGAAAAAAAAGAUCUAUUAAAAUAACUGCAAAGAUAAUUUAAGAGCGUCGUUUGUAGAGGUUUUAGUCGUUUAAAAAGGGCGGUGGACGGGGCGGGGUCUUUAGACUCCACCCUGAUCCAUGUGAUUUAUACCCCAGCCAACAAACUGCUCAAACCCCGCCCUGUCGUGUUUACCACCAAAGCCCCCGCCCCGCCUCACUCUUCAUCCACCUACAGAAACGGAUGGAAACGCCACCAUCCGUCACUUUACAAAUCUUGAAGACUCGUGCUGGGCGGGGAAAACCUCAGAUUCUUGAUCCUUAGUUUUCUUCAAAGUCACAUUAUUAUCAUUGUUCUGUUUGGAAAAUGUGUGUGAUUUAUUAUUAUUAUUUUUUUUUUGGUUCUAAUUGUUUUUGCCUUGCACUUGCUUUAGGACACCUUUAAAAGGCCCAAAGAGUGAAGCAGAACUUAGGAUUGAAAGGAUCUCGUCCUUCAUUCGGACCUCUUUAGUUUGUUUUCUUCAGUUCACAUAUGAUGCUGUAAUGUUGGCAAAAAAGAAAAAUGUAAAAUCCUGUAUCAUUUAUGAAAUAUGUAUAAAAGAGAAAUGUAAUUCAAUUAUCAAUAAAACCCUUAUCCAGUUUUUGGAAA